ACGCAUCGUAGCCCCAUAACGAAAAGUUACGUAGCUUAGAGACGAGCGGUGUUUCAGUCAAAAAUAUGUAGUUUCAGUGUAAAGAGCUAUAAUAAUUUAUUUAUUUACUGCAAGUGAAACUAUAUUUAUUUGCCAUAUACAUAUUUAUCGGCAAAACUGCACACACUCAACCGCCAUUGAGGAUUAUGUCGUCCUUUUCCAUCGAAAAUAAUCCUUCCCACGUGACGAGUUCCCUCGUGGGUCCGUUCCCUCACGAUGCAUGGGACCCCGAAUUGGGUCUCAGCCCUCAGGGUGACCCAUUGAGCCCGGAAUAUGUGACUUCUGUCCCGUUGGUGAAUAAAGACACACUCGAUGGGAUGAACUUUUCGGACUUUUAUCAAAAUGACACUGUCCGAUUGGAUCUGCUCCUGAAGAUUCUUCAGGAGAGAGAUCGGAACAUGACCAAGUAUCAUCAUCAUGGCAAAUACUUCACUUCGUCCAUGGAUCUCGUUGUGGUGCAGCUCUCGCUUUUGGCCAUAUUAGUCUCGAUUGCUCUUUGUUGGGCAUGCUGUUUUAAAAGGCGCAUCAUUCAAACGGGCGCCACUGGACCCAACGUGUUGUCUUCGCGGAUCUCCAAUCUGGCCAGAAAGAUAUCUGGUCUUUCUUUCAAGGAUCUGCCGCCAAAUUAUUCUAGGGUUGAUUUGACAACCUUUGGAUUGUCCAUCGACGAUCACCUUAACCCUCCACCUCAUUAUGAAAUCGCUCUGCAAUCUCGGAAUGUGAUCCCUAUGCACACUUCAAUACAAGAGCAAUGUGCCAAUGGAACCAUCGUUCCAAACGGGGCAUCGGGCUCUCCAGGUGCUGUCGGAUGGAUCCCAGAGCAUCCCAUCUUGGUCAUUAAUCCCAAGACCAGGAAGAUUUCCACCGUCAGCUUACCAGCCUCGGCUCUGAUCAAUCCCAACCCCACCGGACAAAUCGUGAUGGAUCGUCGGAUCUCCAUACAGCCUUCAGAUACUUUUGGACGUCGUUCCCGAAGAGUGUCCUUCUUUGAUGGA